UCCGUCGUUGCUGACAGAGAGACAUUGGAGUUUCUCCAAGAGACAGUGUUCGUUAGGAAGGCCAAUUAUCUCUUCGCUGCCCACAUUCUGCUCUGGUCGACAGCUGUCCUGUUGUUAAUUUCCAUUCUUACACUUCUGCUACUACUACUAUCGCUUCAUUAUUCUUCGGGUCGUGUUGAUGGCUGUAUUGGCGACUAUUUAACUUUAAUAAACCGCAAAGACAGAAGCACGGAAUACUUGCCUGCAAGUACGGUUAUUAGUGCGUCACCAGGGGCAAGCAAAUUCCCGACGGCCGUUGAGGAUCCUGACUCAUUUAAAGAAGAUGCUGCUGCAUUGAUAUCUGGGUGUUCUGCCACUGGUUGCGAGACAAAUAUAAUUGUCUAG